AGAAAGCGGCUUACAGAACCCCGAGCCCGGUAUAAAAUGGUCCGGAUCGGUCGGAGGGAGGAUCAUUCAGUGCCUGGCCACGGCCGAGGUCAUACACACGGAUCGAGCAAAUCAGGCGCAAAUCAGGGCGUUGCGUGUCGUGAAGGAGUGUAUUGCAGUGGCAUCGAAGUAGACUGUUUGUAAAUAGCAUUAGUACCUACUGCACACCAUCAACGUAGUGGCCUUUGACAUUGUGGCGGCGUCAGUCCAGCGUUUCCCGUGCUGUUGUUUGUUUGUUGCGUGUGAGAGUUUGUGCUCGUGCUUGGCAGUUUAGUGCUCUGUAUGUGCCCGGAGUGUGAUAUGCAAGGAUGGCAGCAAUCGUGCAACCCGUACCAACCCGCCAGCCGUCCCCAGCCGGUCUCCUGACCACGGUGGCCAGUCUGCCGCCCUCGUACAAGCUACAGUAUGGUGAGGUGGCCGGAAGGCCGGUGCCCGCCACCGGCGACAGCCCGUUGGAUUUGACCGUGCGCCAAGUGACGACGACGACGGCGACGGUGGUGUUGGGUCCCAUCACACCCCCCGCCACACCUUCGCCGCUGAAGAAGCGGUACCGCGAGGACAAUCAGUUGAACGUGCCGGCGGUGAAGGAGGAACCACUGGCCAAGCGCGCCAAACCAUCGGCCCCGGAGCCGCUCCAUAUCGACAUCAAGAAGGAGCUGGCCACACCGGCCAAAACGGCCAGCCCGAAGAGCGGCCAGCCCGAUGGGCCACCGAAAAGUACGAAAAAUCCGCCCGCCGCGCUGGCCCCGUCCAAGGAGCGGCGCGCCAAAGCCAUCCGGAAGCUGAAGUUCGACGAGGAAAACUCAUCGCCCGUGUCCGGCACGAUCAUCAUCUCGCUCGAGGAGGCACUGAGCGGUGACACGCCGCGCGAAUCGGGCGACAUCGAUCCGCAGUUCAAUCUGGUCGAGGUGUCGGACGAGGUGCGGGCCGAGCUGGCCGCCAUCCCGAACGUGAUCGGCGGCUACAACUGCAAGCUGUGCCGGUUGGAGUUUGAGGAUGCGUUCGGGCUGGCGCAGCACCGCUGCUCCUGCAUCGUGCUGCUCGAGUACCGGUGUCCCGAGUGCGGCAAGCGGUUCAACUGUCCCGCGAACCUGGCGUCGCAUCGUCGCUGGCACAAACCGCGCGAUCAGGUCGGCAAGAAGGGAGGAGCGGCGGCGGCGGCGGCAGCGACCCGUGCGGAACCGAGCAGCGAUUCGACCGACUCGGACAGUGGAGGAGCUCAGGCGGGCAAGUUCCGGUGCGUCCAGUGCGACAAAACGUUCAAACGGCCGGCCUACCUCAAGAAGCAUCAGCUAACGCACAGCAGGCAGGCAGCCAGCAAGCAGGGCGGAAAGGGGGCGACCAAGCAGCAGCCCCGACCGGCAAGCCCGAGCCCAUCCAGCGCCCAGUAUCGCAGCGAAGACUCGAACCAUUCUAACCACUCCAGCCAAUCGGUGGAAAGCGGCACAGCAACGUACACUGCUGACAGCAGACAGUCGCAAGUGGUGCCACAAGCACCACCACCACUUGCCAUGUUCACCACGCUUGCCUCCGACGAUGGUGGUGGUGGUGAGCAUGAGUUUGAGGUAGUAAACGCGGCCGGAUACUAUCAGGGACCGGCGACGGUGACGUUCGUGCGGGAGCGUGCCCCAUCGGUAGCGUCCUCGUCGGGCCGGGGCAGUGUGGCCCUCGACGACAGUGACUGUGAGGAGGAGCGUACGCUCGUCAUCAACGAGGACUACCGGGAGCACGUGCCGGAGCAGGAGGAGGAGGACGAUGAGAUGGAGCGCCAGUACCGGUCGGCCUACUGCGAUCGUUUCACCGAGGAGGAAAAUCUGGCCGCCGCAGCACUGGCCCGACUGCGCAACGGACCGUCCGUCAUUCGCCACACGACGGCACUGGUGGUGUAAAAGUAGUAAGUGGUUAGUUUGUAAGCUUUUUUGAGCGUGUGUGUGUGUGUCUAACUCGAGAUGUAAGUCUAACCCGUUCGUGACACUUUAACGUUCGCGAACGUAGCUGGAGCCUUAGCUUUUUUUCUUUAUUCACUCUUUACGAGACUUUUGCGUAUUACUGUGCGCUGCACAGGCGGACACGUGCAGUGUGAUGUUCUACAUGCCCGCCAUACUAUUGCCUUCGAUAGUUUACGCGUGGGCAGCAGCAGCUUCGUGUUGCGCCUUUCUGUACAUUAUUUUAUCGUAUCGAACCCGAUUCUACAGCGCCAUACCAAAGGAUUAGGAUUAGGAAAAGGGAAGAACUCACGCACCCAGUGAACCCCAUUUCACAACCAGUGUUUAGGUUAGUGCGGCCCAUUGGGCGAGAGAGAGAUAUUUGUAGAUUUUACUCCAAAGAUAACACGAGCAAUGCUAGUCAGUUUAGGAUUAGGAGUUUAGGACGGAAGCAAAGCUUCACCCCUUUUUACACUAGUCGUAGUUUUUAUUGUAUCUUUUACUUUCCUUUUUCCCUUUUUUGCCUGACGGAAGUUUCGAUGGCGAGUUUCGCGUGUUUCCUUUUUCACAUUUUUUCUAACUAUCUUUUCCUAUGUCCUUAUGUUCUCUACGCUCUUGCUAAGUUUCCAUCUCUCUUUAGUAAAGCUAUUUUUCUAAUCCUAUUCUGCUAUUAUAGUAAACGGAGAAAAACAAAAUCAGGAACUUCCGUCCCCUUUUCAACCAUACUUCUUGUACAUUCGAGGUUUGAAGCUUGCAAAGCUGCAAAACCACCAAACCCAAAGAUGAGUAAGCAUCUAGUCAUUCGUGUAAAGUUAGGUUAGGAUUGUGUUAAUUACACUUUAUUCAUUAUAAUACUUUGCGUCUAUUCUGUGCUCAUUCAACGUCAGCUCCCUUCAAUGGCGGCGUUACUUGCAAUAGUUGUGUUUUCAAAUUACUAUUUCCAACUACCACUUACUUAACCAUUCAGAUCAGCUGCCGGUAAAACAAUCAUUUAGUAAUUUCACUUUUUACAUACCGGCUUAAUUAAUUUAACCCAGAAAUCGCUGAAUCGUUGAUAUGACCAUCGCAGCAAGACCUACAAAGAUUUCUAACGACCCUUUUCUGUUGAAGGCUGUUGUACAAAUACGAUCCAGCUAUGGAGCAGGAUCGCUGCUCGAGAUUUAAUAUUUCUAUCGAUUGCAUAGAAAACGAAAUUAACAUAUGGUAUACGAUUUCUGUAACUAUAUUUUUUUGUUUGUGUUUCAUUUCAAAAGCAAAGGCUUUCGAAUGUUGCCCACCCUGGGGACGGGGCUGGCUGCAUUCGAAACGUGCGCUGCAGGUUCGGGAAGUGGCUUUUGCAAUCGUGCGAAUGAACUGUGCCAUAUAGGUUAGCUGGCUUGAGGUCCUAGUUCACGCAGUUCACUAGCGUUUUAAGUGGCGCGUGAAUGUUGUGGAUUUUAAAGGAUUUUAACUACCAGCAGCACAGCACAACAAUUUCAUUUUACAAUGCGCACAAGUACAUAAUAGCAGGUAAUCGUAAUAGUGUGUCAGGAUUUAGUUGAUAAUAAGCGUUUAGUUUAGUGUGCAAGCUCUAGUCAUGGCUUAAGCAAAUCUGUCUUAUUUUCUAGUCAUUUGUGUACCAAAGAAAAAAAAACAUCCAAAGAAGGCAUUAAAAUCUAGUCCAGUUCAAUGAACAUUCCCAUCUCUCUCUCUCUCUAGUCCGGAAAGGGCCCAUUCCCAAGGGUCAUCUAAUCCCUUUAGAAAUAGUGUCAAUGGUUGACUGCUUUAAAACUGGUAUAAUACAUGCCUAGUCAUUUCCUAGUCAUAUUUAUUCUAUUUAUUCUCAAAUCAAUCAGCUUUCGUAAGAUCUCAAACAUUUUACAACCCGUCAGGC